AUGGACCGAGAAAGGGAAUUUGACGACACAAAUGGUCAAACAAUAUCCAUUUCUAAAGCUGCAAAAUUCAAUGCUCAUACAUUGAGAAAGCUACAAACUGCCGUCAGUCAUGAUCCAGAGAUUGAUUUGACCACGCAAAUGCUUAUUUAUUACACCGGCCGCCUGAUCAGAAUGCAAACUAGCAAAGAGGUCCUUGAUAUGUCCAACAAUGGAUUUCAAAGGUCUACGAAACCGAAGGAAAAAGAAAUACGGGAAUCUCUCAACCCAUCAGAUACCGUCCAUAUAUUAUUUCCCCUGUCUCGAGAGGUGCUGAGACUUGUGGAAGACAUCUCCAAGACCGCAGAACCUUUACCAAAUGGCCUUUCUCAAUAG